AUGUCGAAAGUGGAUGAUACUGUGAUAAUCGUCGGGGCCGGCCUUGCCGGCCUCGUCGCGGCAUAUGAGCUGACCAAAAAGAACAUCCACGUCACGUUUGUGGAGCAGGAGAACCAGAAGAAUCUGGGCGGCCAGGCGUUCUGGUCGCUUGGCGGACUGUUCCUCGUGAACUCGGCCGACCAACGCAGUAAGGGAAUCAAAGAUACCCGUGAACUCGCGUAUCGAGACUGGCUGGGGACAGCCAAGUUCGACCGUGAGAAGGAAGACACCUGGCCGCGCAAGUGGGCCAAAGCAUAUGUCGACUUUGCGACUGAUGAGAAGGAGCGCUAUUUGAAGAACUUGGGCUUGAAGUUCCUCACUGUUGGGUGGGCAGAGCGAGGGGCUUCUGCCGCAGGACAACAUGGAAAUUCAGUGCCGAGAUUCCAUCUCACUUGGGGCAUUGGACCGGAAUUGGUCCGCAUUUUCGUGGUCCCUAUCAAAGCAGCGGCGAAGAAGGGUCUGGUCACUUUCAAGUACAGGCAUCAAGUCGACGCACUGAUUGUGGACGACUCAACUGGCGCGGCAAUUGGUGUUCGUGGGAGCGUCCUCGAGCCGAGCGAUGCCGAUCGAGGAAUGGGAAGCUCACGCACAGUAGUGGGCGCAUUCGAAGUUCGGGGACGGGCAGUCAUCAUAUCGACUGGGGGUGUCGGAGGCAAUCCCGAGCUCGUCAAGAAGAAUUGGCCCGUGAAGCGACUGGGAAAGGUUCCAGAGUAUUUCGUGCACGGCGUGCCUGCUCAUGUAGAUGGCCGCGGUGUUGAGCUUGCUGAACGAGCAGGAGCGCAUGUCAUCAACAUGGAUCGUAUGUGGCAUUAUACCGAGGGUCUGGCCAACUGGGAUCCAAUCUGGGCAGCACACGGUAUUCGCAUCAUCCCUGGCCCUUCAUCUCUGUGGCUCGAUGCAACAGGAAAGCGACUUCCAGCACCUCUCUACCCUGGAUGUGAUACGCUCGCCACACUCCAACACAUCGGUUCCACUGGCUACGACUACACCUGGUUCAUCCUGAACCGAAAGAUCGCUAGCCGAGAAUUUACCCUUUCCGGGUCCGAACAGAACCCAGACCUGGCAAGCAAGAACUACUUCAAGCUCCUUCACAGAGCAUUCACCCGAUGGGGCACAUAUCCCGUGCAAGCGUUUAUGAAGCACGGAGCCGAUUUCAUCGUGGAGAAAGACUUCCCGUCUCUAGUGGAACACAUGAACAAGCUGGGCGCCGAACGAGGCGGUCCACUCCUCGAACACGACAAGAUCCUGGACGAGAUCAAAUCCCGUGAUGAGCAGACACAGCAUCCGUUCAACAAAGACCCGCAGAUCAUGCUGAUCAGAAAUGCACGAGACUACACCUCAGAUAAGGUACGCAUCACGAAGCCCGCGCCGAUCUUGGAUCCGUCGUCGGGGCCUCUGAUCGCCGUCAGAUGCAACAUUAUCACCCGGAAGAGCCUAGGUGGUCUAGAAACAAACCUUGACAGCAAUGUGAUGCGCCCCGAUGGAGCUCCAUUCCCAGGCCUGUAUGCUGCUGGAGAAGCAGCUGGAUUCGGUGGAGGUGGUGUGCAUGGGUACAGCUCUCUCGAAGGUACUUUUGUCGGAGGCUGUAUAUUUUCUGGACGUGCGGCUGGGAGGGCUAUUGCUGCGUCGCUCUCUGGUACUGGAAUUCAGGCGAGGCUGUGA